AAGUUGUCACCCUUGAUCAUAUUGCCAACCUUUUUACCAUGUUACAUGGUCAAAAUUGCCAACUUAUAUUCCAGAGGGCGCUGAUUACACUCGUGCUGCUUAUCAUACUCUCUGGUCAGCUGUUGUAUCCAUUUUUUGUUGUGAGAUCAGAUUCAGGGACCUGAACCACUGAACUUCAGGUUGUGAUGGCGGCAUUAAUACGGAAGGGUACUUAUUUUGGGGCUACCCAACGGCAGUGGGCGGUCACUCAACAAUUAGUAAGAAAUUAUUGGAACAAAGACUGGAAACCUGGUCCUAUCCCAACUACCCGAGAAGGAGAAGAAGCUGCUGCCAAAAAGUUUGGCCUCCAUCCAUCAGAAUACAAACCUUAUCCAGAUGAUGGUCUAGGAUUUGGUGAAUAUCCUCAAUUGCCAAAUGUCUCUGGUGAAUCAAAAGAUCCUUACUAUCCAUGGGAUUUUCCAGAACAUAAAAGAAAUUUCAAUGAACCGCUUCAUCUUCAAGCUGACAUGUAUGGUGAAGAUAGGUUUGAUGUCAAUUCAAAUCCACCAAUUAAUAAGUGGCUUCAGUUGGGAACAUUCCUUGCUGUGGUACUGGGUGCUUGGGCAAUUUUUAAAGGAACUAAUAAUAUUCGAAUAGUUCCACCUGUGAUGCCAAAGCAGUAUCCUCAAUCAGGAGUAAAGCAUUACACUUUUGAAUCUCCUGAGUGAAUGAUAUGACCAUGUGUCAUUAUUUGUAGAUGUACAUUUGUAUUAUAAAUUGUUAAUUUUUGUGCAUCAGUAUUUGAGAGCACAAUGUCUUCAGUAAAAACUGGAUUAAAAUUAUUAAAUAACUAUGUUUUGUUUCUUAAAUGAAGAGAAAUGUGUCCCUAUGAGUUAAAAAGGAUUUGUAGUAUCUAUAGAAAUGUAAUUGGAUUGUCUUAUGUGAUUAAAAUAAUUUCCUUUUUUUAAAUCUCGCAUGGCUAUUUAGACAAUAUAAAAAAAACUAAAAUAAUUUUUACAAUUUUUUGUCUGUCAGUCUUUGACUGGGCCAAUUUUUGGGACAAGAAAAUCAAUUUUAAUGGGGUUUUCACUGAAAUGGAGUGUGCUUUUGUUGAGCAUCAUUUGGGCUAUGUAGAUGGACAGAUGGAAUGAAUCAGGACGUGAGGACGCAGUUUGGAGUGAGCAGCAAAGUACAGGGAGCACUGGAAGCGUAUAGUUGGCAACACAUGAACUGUAGUGUUUCCAGAAUAGAAAAAAGUAAUUUAGGCUACUUUUUUCAGUAAUUAUUUACUAUUAUAUGAAAAAUCUUGAAAAAAAAGAUUUUUUAAUGCAAAUUAUAGCUUUAAUCUGGUAGUGAAAUUUGGUACACAUGAUUAUCAAAGCAAGAGAAAGACUACCUAGAUGAGAUUGUGUACAAACUCACCCUAUUUUCCUUCCCUACCCCAUAAACAAAAUUAAGUGUGCAAUCUUACAGUUGAUAGUGAAUAUGUUAAAAAUGGUGAGGAAAUCUUCUAAAACGAAUUAAAAAGUUUCUGAAAAACCGUAAUAUUACUUUUCUUCCCAGGAGAUGAUGGGUGUGGACAUCGACUGAUGUCAGGUUUGAGUCCUGACGGUGGCAGAUACUUUGUUACCUUGUCAGCUAUAUGGAAUUCAAUCGUCAUAGUUUUCCUUGGUUUCUCCAAUCAACACCAGGCGAAUGCCGGAGCAGUACCCUAGAAGGGCCAUGGACCACGUGCGAUCUUUCCUACCUCUCUUUUCCUAUCCUCUCCCCUUGCACACACACACGCGCACACACUUACACUAACACUCACUACAUCAGCACAUAUGCCGAGAGAUCAGUCACGAACUUACAGCUUGUCUUGGCUGGUGC